GGCCUCGCCGCGACACGGGGCGCCCGCAGUGCCGCCCGCCAGCCCGCCCGGGCGUUCGGCUUCGCAGGAGCCCGGCUUGCACUUCCUCUCGCCUCCGCCCGCCUCCCCGGCUCACCGGCUGGCGUCGCCACCGCCUCCUCGUCCCCGGCCACCGCUGUCGCCGCUGCUGCAAUCCAGGACGCACACUCUUCCACUUUCCCGCUGGAGGCGCGGAGGAUGCCUCUUGCGCCAGACCCGAAGAAAUAGCCCCGGGGCCCGGCUGCAGGAGCCUUGGGGGAGAGAAAGAAGCCCGACUCCGCUUUCCUGGAUGCCACUGCAGCAGCUGGCAGCUGGGAAGGCGCCCACAGAGCGGGCGCGCCAAGCGGGACGCGGGAGUCGCAGAGAGAGAGACCCCGGGCGCCUGCUGAGCUCCGCUGGCAGAGCUUGCGAGUGGCUGAGACCCCCAGGUGGCAGCCCUGAGCCCUGAUGUUUGACUGGAUAAAAGCCUGCCAGCUUCUGUUUCUACCUGGUGGACACGCCAAGCUCGGUCCCCAGCUGUGGAAGAGGCUGGAAACAGCCCUCGGUGAAAAAAUCCAGCCCCGACAGUCCUGAGGAACCGAGAAAGGACAAGACGUGAACUCCAGCUGUUGGUGAGCCCUAGCAAAAUCCUCCUCCGAUUGCUGUUUUCAAAGUUCUGCGGGAACUCCAAGGCAAAGAACAAGAUGUAGGAAAAUGGGACCCGUUCCUGGGGGUCCCGAGCCUCCAAGUUGCUUUCACGGCCCAAAGAAGCUCACCUUGAGCUCAGGAGGGUUGGUGGACUCUGUCCUCCACUCUCGUGGCUUCAGCCAAGCUCUGGACUUGCCCUCCCGAUCUGAUCUUGGCAAUCACCUUCGCAGAGGGAAUAAGACUGAAGAAUCCCAGGGGCGCCAUCCCUAAGGGAAGCUAGAGAAACAAAGCGCGCCUCCAUCCCCUCCCUGGACCACAUCCCCUGACCCCCAGCUGAGCCCCAGCGAUCCAGUCCGGAAUGAUCCCGCUAUGGCCAAGCUCUGGUUCAAAUUCCAGCGGUACUUCCGCAGGAAACCCGUGCGUUUCUUCACCUUCCUGGUGCUCUACCUGACGGCCGGGAGCCUCGUCUUCCUUCACUCUGGUUUUGUGGGUCAGCCUGCCGUCUCCCAGAACCAGGCCAACCCCGCCGCGGGGGCCCCAGCAGACGGUGCUGAGCUGCCCUUCUUGGGCGACUUAAAUCUGGGCAGAGGCUUCCGGGACACAGGUGAAGCCUUGAGCAUCGCCCGCAGGUACGGACCCUGGUUCAAGGGCAAGGACGGGAAUGAGAGAGCCAAGCUGGGGGACUACGGUGGAGCCUGGAGCCGAGCCCUCAAGGGGAGGGUCGUCCGGGAGAAGGAGGAGGAGCGAGCUAAGUACAUCGGCUGCUACCUGGACGACACCCAGAGCCGGGCCCUGCGAGGCGUGUCCUUUUUCGACUACAAAAAGAUGACCGUCUUCCGUUGCCAAGACAACUGCGCGGAACGGGGCUACCUGUAUGCCGGGCUGGAGUUCGGUGCCGAGUGCUACUGUGGCCACAAGAUCCAGGCGACGAACGUGAGCGAGGCGGAGUGUGACAUGGACUGCAAGGGCGAGCGGGGCAGCGUGUGCGGUGGCGCCAAUCGCCUCUCCGUCUACCGGCUGCAGCUGGCCCAGGAGUCAGCCCGCAGGUAUGGAAGUGCGGUCUUCCGAGGCUGCUUCCGCCGGCCCGACAACCUCUCCCUGGCCUUGCCGGUGACGGCCGCCAUGCCCAACAUGUCCGUGGACAAGUGUGUGGAUCUCUGUACGGAGAAGGAGUACCCACUGGCGGCCCUUGCGGGCACCGCCUGCCACUGUGGGUUCCCCACCACGCGAUUCCCCCUCCAUGAGAGAGAGGACGAACAGCUCUGUGCCCAGAAGUGCAGCGCGGAGGAGUUUGAGAGCUGUGGGACUCCCAGCUACUUCAUCGUGUACCAGACGCAGGUCCAGGACAACCGCUGCAUGGACAGAAGGUUCCUCCCAGCCAAGUCCAAGCAGCUCAUCGCUCUGGCCAGCUUCCCGGGCGCCGGGAACACGUGGGCGCGCCACCUCAUCGAGCUGGCCACCGGCUUCUACACUGGCAGCUACUACUUCGAUGGUUCUCUCUACAACAAAGGGUUUAAAGGUGAGCGAGACCACUGGCGCAGCGGGAGGACCAUCUGCAUCAAGACACACGAGAGUGGCCAGAAGGAGAUCGAGGCCUUCGAUGCGGCCAUCCUGCUCAUCCGGAACCCCUACAAGGCCCUCAUGGCGGAGUUCAACCGCAAGUACGGCGGACACAUCGGCUUUGCCAGUCAUGCCCACUGGAAGGGCGAAGAGUGGCCUGAGUUUGUGAGGAAUUACGCCCCGUGGUGGGCCACUCACACGCUGGACUGGCUCAAGUUCGGCAAGAAGGUGCUGGUGGUGCACUUCGAGGACCUGAAGCAGGACCUCUUCGUCCAGCUGGGCCGGAUGGUCAGCCUGCUGGGCGUGGCCGUCAGGGAGGACCGGCUGCUGUGCGUGGAGAGCCAGAAGGACGGCAACUUCAAGCGCUCGGGGCUCCGGAAACUGGAGUACGACCCCUACACAGCGGACAUGCAGAAGACCAUCUCUGCCUACAUCAAGAUGGUGGACGCGGCCCUCAGAGGGAGGAACCUCACGGGCGUUCCGGAUGCCUACUACCCUAGAUGAUGGGUCAGAGGUGGGGGGUGGCUGGGAGCCCAGGCCAAGCAGGCCCUGGGGACCCCGGACCCCUGGGGACCCCCACCCAUCAGUCCUCUCUGGUUUGGGGACAACCCCCUUGGCUGCUGUUGGCCCUCAAUGAGUUUCCUGCGUGACAAAGGAGGUUCAAGGGAAGAGAUUGUACAGGCACUUCCCACCUACUCAUAUUCGCCCCCCCCCCCCCCUUGGAGAUGGAGCAGGCAACUAGUCCCCAGCCACUUGGACCCUUCUCUGUCUCCCGUGUCCCUGCCCCCAACCACUCUGGCUCCACUUGUGGGAAGGCAGGCUCAUGGCUGUCCUGGAGACAUGGGUGUCCCAUCGCAGGUGUUGAGGACCCUGGCCCAGGAGCUGACAGGAAUGAUGUAGAAAAA